AUGGCUUGUGUUGCACUAACUUGUUUAAUGCGAACACUAGAGCUUGAGUUCCUACAACCCAAUCCACGUCUGAUUCUACAUGACAAACAACCUAUCGAGUCUCUCUGCAAAAAGCUUACCUUUUUGCAAACGUUUCUUGACGAAUCUGAGAAGAAAUCCCACAAUUGUGAGGAGCUGAAGGAUCUGAUAGCAAGAAUUAGAGGAGUAACUCUGGAAGCAGAAUAUGACAUUGAAGCAGAGCUAGUAGAGAUUCGUCAUCAGAUGCUGGAUGUAACCUUGAGGCGUGUACUUAAAGAUGUUGAAGAUCUGAUAGUGAUGAUUGAGGCACGAACAGCAAAAGGUUUGCAAACUCAAAAUCCAGAGAGUUCUUCAUCGUCUGGUGGCCAAUCAUCAUCCUCCCAACAUGCUUCAAAAUUUGAAGACAUCAUGGUAGGGCAAACCAAAGAAUUCGAGGAGUUGAAGAAAAAGCUUCUAUCCUCGAAUAAACCAUUGCAAGUUAUGUCCCUUGUCGGUAUGGGAGGAAUUGGCAAGACGACCUUUGCAAGAAAACUUGCUAAUGAUUCUGCAGUCAAGCUUCACUUUGACUGUUGUGGUUGGGUAACCAUGUCUCAAGAGCAUAAUAAGAGGCAAGUGCUCCUUCAACUGUGUCGUUCCAUCAUGUCGAUGCGCGAUGACAUUAACACUAUGAACCACGAUAAGCUAGCAGAACAACUGCGCAAAAAUUUACUAGGCCGGAGAUAUCUAAUUAUUGUGGACGAUAUAUGGACAAUAGGCGCAUGGGAUGAUGUGAAGAGAUGUUUUCCAAGUGAGGUUGAAAACACGGGCAGUCAAAUACUAUUGACUACUCGACUCAAAGAGGUAUCUAUUUAUGCUUGUUCAGAUAAUUUACAUGACAUGAGCUUCUUAAAUUAUGAUGAAUGCUGGGAUUUAUUUUGUCAAAAGUUUUUGGUAAGAGAAAGUUUGAACAAAGAAUUUGAAAGGAUAGGGAGGGAAAUUGUUGAGAGAUGUGGAGGAUUACCACUUACAGUUGUGGUGCUACCUGGACAUCUAUCCACCAACAUGGAAGUAGAUGAGUGGAGGAGUGUUAAAUCAAUGUUAAACUCAUUGGUGAAUUUAGAUCUGUCUCAACAAUUUUCCAGAAUACUCAGUCUGAGUUACAAUAACUUACCUUGCCAUUUGAAAAGUUGUUUUCUAUAUUUAGGAGCUUUUCCUGAAGACAGUGAGAUUGGAAUUAAAAAGUUGAUUAGGUUAUGGAUUGCCGAGGGAUUCAUAAAAGAAGAGAGUGAAAAGACGUUAGAAGAAUCAGGUGAAGGUUAUUUGCAGGAUCUUAUGAAUAGAAGCCUGAUUAUGGUAAGUGGGCGAAGCAGUAGUAAUGGAAAAGUUGAAACAUGUAAGAUGCAUGAUCUGUUACAUGACCUGUGUGCAAGCAAGGCUAAAAAAGAGAAACUUCUGUGCACCAGAGAUGGCGAUGAACUUCAUCCUAACAACGUUGUUUGUUCCGAUGGAAAUCGUUGGUUAAGUCUUAAAAUAGUAUCUCAACAUUCUCUUCACUUAACUGCUUUGAAAAAAUCCCGUUCCAUUUUAUGCUUUGGCAUGCGUAAAUGGAAUGAUUCUCUAGCCAAUUUUUGUCAGAUGACAGCCAACUCUUUUAAGAUGUUAAGAGUGUUGGACUUGACUGUACUUAAGUUCAAAGGAAGUAUACCUUCAGAUAUUAUAGAUGUAGUUCUUCUCAGAUAUCUAGCUUUAGCCUCAAACCGGCUGCUCACUUCCAUACCAGUAAGCAGGAAUAGGAAUCUGCAAACACUUGUUAUUCGUGAAGAUAUCAAUGGUGUCCGUAAGCUACCUCGUGGAAUAUGGGAGUUGCCACAAUUAAGGCACCUUGAGUUAUACCAUCAGCUAAUUCCAAUGUACACUCCAGAAGUGGCUCAAGUAAAUCUGCAAACAAUGUACUGGUUGCAAUGCGUUCAGUGCACAAAGCAAGUGCUUUCGAGGAUUCCAAAUGUUAAGGAGUUGGGAAUAAUUGCCCAAGGAUGCAUAUCACACCAUUGUUUAGAUGAUCUUAACAGCUUAAAAAAGCUGGAUAAGCUUAAAGUUCAGGGCAGCUAUUGUCCUAUACAACUGCAGUCUUGUACUUUUCCACAAAACCUCAAGGAGAUUACCUUUGCAAAAACUGUAAUGCCCUGGGAAGCUAUGAACAUUAUCAGUAUGCUGCCCAAGCUUGAGGUGCUAAAACUUAAGAACCAUGCCUGUGUGGGACAAGACUGGAAACUAACUGUGGAGAGGGGGUUCCCUGAAUUGAAGCUUUUGCUAAUUUCUGUUAUGGAUUUGAAGCAUUGGGAGCUGGCGGAUGAUGUUGAUGAUGAUCAUCCUUUCCCAAAGCUUGAGCGCUUGGUAUUGAGAAAUUGCUUUGAGUUAAAAGAGAUGCCAAGUUGGAUUGAAAACCUUAGUAAUCUAAAGUCAGUUCGGUUAGAGCAUUGCCAUGAUUCCCUUGUGAGUUCUGCAAGGAUGAUUGAAGAAGAGCAGCGUGAGAACUACGGAGAAGAAUAUGGAUUUGAGAUUGUUGAAUUCCACACUCAAUCAGUUUAUUUCCAUCCUACUUUAAAUAAUACGACCUUUAUUCCUAUUUUGUUUGCUGAAAAUGAUGAAGAUCAAAAGACUCGAGGAAAGGUGAAGAAUAUGUAUUUCAGAUUCUCGAAUUAUAUACAUUCCAAACUCACUCAGACUCAGAGUGUUUUCCUCGAAGCAACAAGUCUCUACAUCCCAUACUACACAAACAAUCAUCGGGAUUGGAGUUGGACUCGGGACUACGAACACAAGGUUGCAGUACUUCAGGGCGAGUACUGGCUCAAGAUCAAAGGACAUUUGGACACCAGGUGCCUGCACAAAAUCUCUUCUUAUUCUGCAUACUUUAUUUUUAAAUUUAAAUUUGAGCCCCAAUGGUUCGAAGCAUUCACAUCGGUGAGAUACAUCAACGAUAAAAGAAGUGAUAGUGAAAAUCGACGUUGUCAAGUAUUUUUAACAGAAAAGAGAUCCUCUGAAGACCCUGGCCGGUUUCCAAACCGUCGCCAUGAUGGGUGGAUGGAGAUUAAGCUCGGAGAUUUUUACAUUAGUUCAAGAAAUGAAGGUGAGGUCGAAAUGCAACUUUGGAAUUUUGAAAACGAGCAUGGGAAGUCUGGUCUUAUUGUUAAGGGCAUUGAGGUUCGACCUAAUUGA